AUAAGCAAUAUAUGAGUUUUUGAUUCUUGCAGUUUCUAAAGGACAUACUCGACUAAAUGUGGAUUUGGUGUCGAAAAAUCAUCAAUAAACGGUGAAAACGACAGCAUGAUAAGCGCAAUAAUAAAUAAUAUUCGUUUACAACCGUUUUUGUAUCUGAUUUUGCACAUUUAUUUAAAUCAUAUUCAAUCUACGUCCCAGAGCAGUUUGAACGAUUUCAUAACUAUGGAGCGUCCAUAUUUUGAUGACAUUAGCCCACGAAACGUAUCGACAGUCUCUGACGAACCCGCCAUAUUAAAAUGCCGUGUUAGGAACAAAGGCAACCGUACGGUUUCAUGGAUGCGUAAACGAGAUCUUCAUAUUCUAACUACCAACAUUUAUACAUACACUGGCGAUCAACGUUUUUCCGUCUUACAUCCGCCAGGCGCUGAUGAUUGGGACUUGAAAAUCGAUUACGCACAAAAAAGAGAUAGUGGAAUUUAUGAAUGUCAAGUAAAUACAGAGCCGAAAAUCAAUUUAGCUGUGUCAUUGGAAGUAAAUGCGGAGGCCGAUAAUAGAGAUAAGAUAACCGAAUCCCAAUACUAUGAUGCAAAAGCGGCGCGUGCGAAAAUUCUCGGCUCAACAGAGAUUCAUGUAAAGCGGGAUAGUACAAUCGCAUUAGCUUGUUCCGUAAACAUUCAUGCAUCUAGCGUGGCUUGGUAUCAUGGCGCAUCGGUUGUUGACUUUGAUUCUCAACGUGGCGGGAUCAGUUUAGAAACGGAAAAAACGGAUGUAGGUACCACAAGUCGUUUAAUGCUGACUCGAGCUUCGCUGCGUGACUCUGGGAACUAUACUUGUGUACCAACCGGAGCAAUACCAGCUUCUGUAAGGGUACAUGUACUCACGGGUGAGCAACCCGCAGCUAUGCAAACAAGUAGAAGCAACAUAGUCUUGCAAACGCAAGUAUAUUUAACAAUUGCCGCUUCAUGUAUCAUAACUAUUGUGUAUCGGUACCAAAACUUAAUCAUAUCACAGACGGCUUCCAACUACAAUAUGUGUCAACGAAGGUGAUUGAACACUAGUCGACGAAGUCUUUUUAACUAGUUGAAUGAAACAGAAACAAACUAAGGGCCGGCCAAUGCAGGCUUGAAUAUUGAUAUUGAGUACUUUAAUGGAAUUAUGUAAAGAUAUCCCGGUGUUGUGGAAACUACGCAUCCCUCAUUUGGUUCCUUAUAUACAUACAUACGUAACAACAAAAUACCGCAUUAAUCAAAAGAUUUAUAAGAAAAACAGUAAUACUAAUACUCUUAAUUGAAAAUAAUGUAAUAAAAUGAAACUAAUAUACACAAUAACAUCAAAUAUACUUAUAUAAUGCAAAGAAACACAAAUUAUUAAGAAUUAACAAAAAAAAAAUAAUUAAUUAAAUAUAAAGUGUCCUCAAUUAAAACAUAACAGUUCGUAAGGGACGAUAGAUGAAUGGAUAACAAUAAAAAUCAACCAAGUUAUAUAAGAUAUAAAGUAAUGAAUUGAUUGUUAGAAUCGUAAGAGUGGAAAUCCAAACAUUCAGUCAUAUUAAUAUAUAUAGAAUUAAUGAAUUUUUAAUGAUGAUUAGCAUUUUCAUACAUUGCUGUCAAAUGUUGUAUAAUAUAACAAAGAUAAUUAUGAUAUAUAACAAAGAAAAUUCAAUAAUAGCUUUUGUUUUAAUUAAUAAACAUUAAAAUAUUAGUUUAGAUGUUAAAUGAUUUUUUUAAUAAAAAUAUGUACAUAAAACA